AUGUUUGUCAGGAGCUGUCGACCUCUACAAAAGUUUUCAACUUCGUUUUUGCCACUAUCUAGAUUUAUAAGUACACCAAGAGGACAUGCACAACAUGUCGGAGUAGUGUUUGAUAUAGAUGGCGUCCUUCUUAGAGGCAAGGACAAGCUGGAGUCUGCCAAAGAAGCCAUGUCUUUGAUAAAGAAGCAUGAAAUUCCUUUUGUGCUUCUUACUAAUGGAGGGUCUAUGCUUGAAUCUCAAAAAGCAGAACAAGUGUCAAAAGUACUUGGAGUUGAGAUUUCGGGCGACCAAGUCAUCUUGUCUCACACUCCCUUCAGAGCAUUGGCUUCAAGAUAUCAAAACGAUCUCGUCUUAUGGGUUGGUCCAGAUUCAGUCAAAGACGUCGCUCAAAACUAUGGCUUCAAUCGUGUGGUGGUUCCCGAGGACAUUUUGAGAUGGAACAAUGCUACAUGGCCUUUCAAAGAAGUGCAUCAAGAGGUCAACAGUUCUAUUGAUUUUGCAAAAGAGAGUUUUGCUGCGGUGUUCGUUGCUCAUGACUCGUACGACUGGGGACGAGAUUCCCAACUCAUCAUUGAUAUCUUACGGUCAAAGGAUGGUGUUAUUGGAACUCUACAAUCUCGAAGUGAUUUCAUUCAAGAAAUACCAAUCUUUUUCUCCAACCCAGACUUUAUCUUUUCUGGAAAGUGGAAUAUCCCUCGAUUUGCUCAAGGUGCAUUCGCAAUCACAUUAAAGGUGCUCUACAAGGAGCUGACCAAGACUGAUUUGGUCCACACUACCUAUGGAAAACCGAAUCCUACAGCCUAUGAGUACUGCACGAAAGUCAUGGAGACACUAGGAAAGAAACCAAUGACAUACUACGCUAUUGGAGAUAAUCCAGCUAGUGACAUUGCUGGUGCCAACAUGAUGGGAUGGCAUUCAAUCUUGGUCAAGACAGGAGUUUGGAAUGCUGAACAACAUGGACAUGAUCACAAUGCUACUACGGUGGUUCAUGAUGUACUCGAAGCCGUCCACUUUAUCAUAAAAACCGAGAAUUUAAUUACAAGCCAUCCAGGAAACCAUGCUCAUCAUGUUGGAGUCGUUUUUGAUAUAGAUGGAGUACUCUUACAUGGAAAAGCCAAGGUCGAGUCUGCGAAAGAAGCCUUGAACUUGAUAAAGAACCUUGAAAUUCCCUUUGUCCUUCUCACCAAUGGAGGAGGAGUCACUGAAGAAGAAAAAGCGAAAAAGGUGUCAAAGAAACUUGGAUUUGAGAUUUCAGGCGAUCAAGUCAUCAUGGCUCACACUCCGAUGAAGCGACUAGCUUCCCGAUAUCAAGAUGAUCUCGUACUGUGGAUCGGCCCCGAUGAAAUCAAAGAUGUCGCUCAUCACUAUGGCUUCAAUCGUGUCGUUCUUUCCGAUGACAUUAUGCGAUGGAAUAAGUCUAUAUACCCAUUCAGACAAAUUCAAGAAGUUCAUGGUUCGAUCGAUUUCUCGAAGGAGUGUAUUGGUGCAGUGUUUGUUGCUCAUGACUCACAAGACUGGGGACGAGAUAUUCAACUCAUUGUUGAUAUCUUACGAUCAAAGCAUGGUGUGCUUGGGACAUGGCAAUCUGCCAGUGAUUUCACUCAGCAAAUACCAGUCUACUUUGCCAAUCCAGACUUUGUAUUUUCAAACAAAUGGGGACCUGAUCGACUUUCUCAAGGUGCAUUCGCCAUGACACUAAAGAUGAUCUAUAAGGAGUUGACCAAGACUGAUCUGAUCCACUCUUCGUUUGGAAAACCGUAUCUUCCAGCUUACGAGCAUGCUAAAAUGGUGAUGGAAAGCCUUGGCAAGAAGCCAAUGGUGUACUACGGUAUUGGCGACAACCCAGCUAGCGAUAUUGCUGGUGCCAAUAUGAUGGGGUGGCACUCCAUCUUGGUGGAGACAGGCGUUUGGUCAAGUGAAGAACACGGAAACAACCACAAUGCCAGUGCAGUUGUUCAUGACGUACUUGAAGCAGUCAAUUAUAUAAUCAAGAAUGAAAACUUGUAUCACUUGUCGAGCCAGGAAAACGCAACGUGCUUGGAGCAUCGGGAGCACCAUUACCGUAUCGGCCUCGACGAUCUCAACAUAUCUAGAGCCGUGACCAGCUUGAUUUUGGUCGAAAUCAUGUCUCAAAAGUCGAUUUUUAAUUUCUUUCCGAAGAGUGAUGGCACUAAAAUGACGGAAAGCGAGCCAAAAUCAAACAAGAAGAAGAAGAACGACGAGCCAUUAAUCGUCGACAGUGAUGACAGCGACGAUGGGCGCAAGAAGAAGAAGCGCAAAUCUGUUGGAUCUUCGAAAUCAAAAAAGGCUGUUGUCUCCUCCGAUGACGAUGAUGACAUUGAAAAGCCUAAAUCAAAGAAGAAGAAGGUCGCUAAAGUCGUCGUAGAUGAUGACAGUGAUUUUGAAGAAGCGAAGAAACCGGUUGCUAAAGAGGCUGCAAAGGGACCGAAGAAGAGACCAGCUGACGAUGAACCACCGACAGCUGCUCCUGCUCUAGUGGUGAAGAAGCCAAAAGUUGAACCACCCCCACUUAAAGAAGUAACGACUUCGUCCUUCUUUGGAAAGUCCGAAAUCAAACAGGUCGAUACUACUUUGGUUAAGAAGGCACCUCCCAAACCAAAACCAGCCCCUGUAGCCGAUAAACCUUUAGACGAUUUUGUAGACGAUGACUUGGACGAAGCGACUAUUGAACAAAUGUUCAAGGAAGCCGAAUCUAAAUCUCAAUCGCAAUCUACAUCCGUCAAGGACGACAUUGACGACAAUGACGAUUUCCAAGAACCUUCACAACCCGCUAGUAAACUAGCUAAAAGUAAACUGCCAUCUAGUCCACCUCCUAGUCAAAAGGCACCGUCUAGUCCAUCUAAAGCUGGUAAUAGUAGCAAGCUGCCAUCUAGUCCUUCCAAAUCAGCCACCGUGGCUGAUUCCAAACCUGCAACGAAACGACCUUUGCCGUGGUUGAAACCAGAUCCUGCAGCACUUGAUAAGCAGGUUGGUGCAUCGUCAUCGGCUGAAGCAUCUCCGGUCAGGAAGGUAGAUUCGGUCAAGGCUGAAUCACCUCUCAAGAAGGUAGCAUCUCCCAAAAAGGAAGCAGCUGUCAAGAAGGACAAUGUUGUCAACUCUGAAGAUUCGCUCAAGAAGGAAGAAUCUGUCAAGAAGGGUAAAGGAAAAGAUGAAGAUAAUGAAGAUGGAGAUGAGGAGGAGAAGGAGCUAAAGAAGAAGGCUAACUUUUGGGCCAUUCAAAAUCGACGUGCUCAAGGUCCUGCUGCACCUGGAUCAAAGCCCAUACCCGAGGGUGCGGAGAAUUGUCUAUUGGUGGGUAUCUCAAACCUGACAUUUGUAUUUACUGGAGAUUUGAGCUCCAUAUCUCGAGAUGACGCCAAACAACUAGUCGAACGUUAUGGUGCACGUGUGACAUCAGCAGUCAGUGGUAAAACUACCUACUUGGUCGUCGGUGAAGAGCCUGGCGAAUCAAAGACCAAAAAAGCAACCGAGCUCAAAGUCAAGAUACUUGACGAGGAUGGUUUGUUCGAGUUGAUUGCUACUCGACCUGGAAAGGAUGGUAGUGCUCCUGAAAAGAAAAAAUCUGCUGCUACCAUCAAGAAGGAAAAGGAGAUUAUCAAGAGUGUUAAUGAAGCACAGAAAGCAGCUUCGACGCCUGUUGCGUCGGCAUCAGGAAAUGUGUCACGACCACCACCACCUUCAGGAUUAUGGACUGACAAGUACAAGCCAAAAUCAUAUUCUGAAGUGCUCGGGAACAAGGGCAUCAUCGAAAAACUAGCCAAGUGGUUGAAAGACUGGCAUUCUAGUACUAAGAAUGCCAAAGAACCAAAGGCUGCGUUGUUGUCUGGGCCUCCGGGUCUAGGUAAAACCACAGCUGCCCAUCUCGUUGCUAACAUGGAAGGCUACGAAGCAUUAGAAUUCAAUGCUAGUGAUACCCGAAGCAAGAGGAAGAUUCACGAUUUACUGGCAGAGUUGACUGAUGGUGGCAAGUCUAUGACCGACUUCUUCACUGUCGAUGGAAAGGGCAAAGGAGCGUCCAAGCAGGCUAAUCGUCAAAAGCAACUCAUUAUUAUGGACGAAGUAGAUGGAAUGUCUGGUGGAGAUCGUGGUGGUAGUCAAGAGCUCAUCAAAUUGAUCAAGACAACGAAUAUUCCCAUCGUCUGCAUUUGCAAUGAUCGUCAAUCGACCAAGGUCAAGUCUUUGGCAAAUUAUUGUUUGGAUCUCAAAUUUAGAAAGAUUUCAGCGGAUGGACCAACAACGAUGAGACUUACUGCCAUUGCCACGGCAGAAGGCCUGUCCAUCAACCAAAAUGCAUUCAAGUCGUUAUUGGAAUGCACCAAUGGUGAUAUUCGACAAGUUCUCAACGUAAUGGAAACUUGGAGAUUGUCCCAUAAGAGCAUGAGUUAUGAUGAGACCAAGACUCUUGCUGAGAAGAAUUAUGUCUUGGGACCAUGGCAAGUUAUGGACAAGUAUUUUCACGGUCCUGCAUUCCGUAGUAUGACUGUGCCAGAGAAGAUUGAAUUGUAUUACAAUGACUUUGAUUUGCUGCCGCUAUUCGUACAGGAAAACUACUUGCGACAAGAGCCUGCCCUAGUGAACGAAAUGGCCGGAAGCUCUUUUGAUGAUAGAGCCUGCGCAACCAUGGAUUGUAUGUCUCUGGCUGCCGAGUCCAUUGCCUUUGGAGAUGUCAUUAGUGCAUCUAUACGUUCACGACAGAAUUGGAGUUUAAUGCCUGCUCAUUCUGUGUAUUCGUGUGUUAUACCGGCGUUUUUCACACACGGGAAGGCUGUUCAAGCUGCUGGCAGUUGGUCUUCAUAUUCGUUUCCUUCAUGGUUGGGUAAGAACUCGUCCCAAACCAAGAAUGCAAGAUUAUUGAAAGAGUUGCAGAUUCAUAUGAGACCACGUGUCUCUGCUGACAAGAAGGAGAUCCGUCAGUCUUAUUUCGGUGCUCUCGUGCCAAGGUUGACCAAGCCCUUGCUGGAUAAUGGUUCGAAUGGUGUUGAUGAAGUUAUCGAUGUCAUGGACGAAUACUAUCUGAACAAGGAAGAUUGGGAAACCAUUCUUGAUUUAACUAUUGGUGGUGACAAGCUGCUCAAAUCUAUUGAUCCUUCAGCCAAGUCAGCCUUUACGAGAAUCUACAAUAAACGACUCCACCCAACAGCAUUAAUCUCAGCUGAGAUUCCCAUCUCCAAGAAACGAGUCAAGGAAGCACAACCCGACUUUGAAGAUCUUGUUGACGCGGGAGAUGACGAAGAUGGUGGUGACGAAGCAGAUGGAGGAGUAACAUUAGGAAGUGAUGACAGUCCAGAGGAUGAAGAUGCUACUGAUUUAGCUGCUGACAAGAUGGUUAAACAAAAGAGUGGUAAAGGCAGUGCUGCUGGUAAAGGAACUGGUAAAGGUGCUAGUAAAACCACAUUAUCGAAGGGUCUUGGUAAAGCUGGCUCCUCAAAGAGUAAAGCCGGUGGGUCUGGUGCUAGUAAGGGCAAGAAGAAAUAG